UUCGUUUACCAAGCAAGGCCCGGGAAGGUAGGUAAAAGGAAAGAAAGGAUAAAACUUCGUCCCAACCCUCAAUCGUCAGAGAGAAGAGGCAGCGCAGCUCUAGAGUCGAAACCCCAGCCCCACUCGUCCCACCGCCGCCGGCCACACUGUGUCGUUCCACCGCCGCCCAAGUCAUUCGUUCCCCACUCUCAAGUCUCUAAUCUAAAAGACAAUGAUAGUAGCUAUUUCCUGGCUUCCCAAAGGGGCUGCUAAGUCAGUCCCCGCUCCAGCUGAGCCUCCUUCGAAAGAAGAAGUCGAAGAGAUGUUGAAGAGUGGUGUUCUUCAAAAAAGCGAUGAAGCUGAAAAUGAAGAAGACAAUGAAGAAGAAUCUGAUGUAGAAAUGAACUUUGAUACAUCUAGGAAUUGCGAGGUUGAAGGAGAAAAUGAGGAUUCUCCCGUCAAUAAUGUUGAUUUAACUGAAGCUAUGAAGGAAUUGGACAUGGACAAUUACGAUGAUGAGGAAGAUGGUAUAUCUGACCCACUGGCCUAUGACACAAACAUAUUUAUAUUAAUAUACUUCAUAUAUAAUUGAUGAGUAUACAACUUUAGAAUUUGACAUUCACUUGUUAAGCUUUUUUGCAU